AUGGCUCCCGGGGCAAUCGAGACUGUCGACGCAAACGGGGCCUCUCCGGAGGUUAAGGUGACGACCAAGAAUGGCACCAUCAACGAAUCCCCCAUUACCUUCAGUUACCCAGAAAUGGCUACUCCCUAUCGAGUAUUGCAGCAAUAUCAUUCCAAGCCUACAAAGAUAAGAGUUGCCUGUAUUGGAGCCGGCGCUUCAGGUCUCUGCUUGGCCUAUAAAAUGGAGAAGAUGUUGGAGCCAGGCAGCUUUGAGCUGACACUGUUCGACAAGAACCCCGUGUUUGGCGGCACAUGGUAUGAGAACACCUAUCCUGGUGUUGCUUGCGACAUCCCCUCACACCUGUACACCUUCUCUUGGGACCCUAAGUAUGACUGGUCACAUUAUUUUGCGUAUGGUCCGGAGAUUCGCCGAUACUUCGAGGACUUUGCAGAGCGGUAUGGCUCCAAGAAGUACAUGAAGCUGAACACCAAAGUCAUCGAGGCCCGCUGGGACGAGGAGCGAGGCAUAUGGCAUCUCCUGUUGGAGGACCAAGUGACCAAUGAGAAGUGGCAUGACUGGUGUCAUUCUCUGAUCAACGGCACGGGAAUCCUGAACAACUGGGUGUGGCCCGACAUUGAGGGCAUUCACGACUUCGCUGGACCUAAAAUGCAUUCAGCUCACUGGGACCACUCAGUUGACUUCAAGGGCAAGACCGUCGGCGUCAUCGGAACAGGCAGCACAAGUGUACAAAUUGUACCGUCACUUCAGCCAGAAGUCAAGAACAUGAAGGUCUUCAUGCGAUCUCCGACUUGGAUCUCCCCUCCUUUCGGCGGUGGCGUGCUCGAGUCUGAUCUUCGCAAGGAAGGCGGCGGGGAGGAGCCAUAUGUGAGACAGUAUACUUUCACUGAGGAGGACAAGCAGAAGUUCAAGAACGAUCCCGAAUACUACCUGAACUUCCGCAAGCGUAUCGAGGCCGAGAUCAACUCACUAUUUGGAAUGUAUCAACAAGGUUCCGAGCUUUCCAAUCACAUGAGGAAAAAUAUCACAGAGGAAAUGGAGCGGAGAAUUGGGCCUGGCAAUGAGAAGCUUAAGUCUUUCAUCAUCCCUAAAUGGUCACCUGGCUGCCGACGAAUUUCACCUGGCGACGGCUACCUCGAAGCUUUGGUCAAGCCCAAUGUGGAGUGUGUCUACGGACCCAUCAAGAUGAUCACCGCCGAGGGCAUUGUGACAGAAGACGGCACACUACACAAGAUGGACAUUCUAGUCUGCGCUACUGGCUUCAAGGUUGCCUUCCGUCCUGCCUUCAAGAUCAUCAACGGUGAGGGCAAGACACUGGAUGAGGAUUGGGGUGAUUCAGUCAACCUAUACCUCGGUGUUUCGGCCCCCCGCUUCCCGAACUACUACACCAUCGUCGGCCCCGGUGCGACAUGGUCAUCCGGAACCUUGCUUCCGUCCAUCGAGACGACCGUCGAGUACUCGGUUAAGAUGAUGAAGAAGAUUCAGCAUGAGAACAUCAAGUCUAUCAGCGUGCAGCAGGAGGCCGUCGAUGAUAUCUACGCUCACUUUGAUGAGUUCCACAAGACGACAGUGUUCCAGGAGGAAUGUCGAAGUUGGUUCAAGGACGGCAAGAUCAAGAAUCGGAUCUAUCUCUGGCCUGGAUGUCAUGUUCUACUACAGACCAUCCACUUCCUAAAGACGAUAAAGGAACCACGCUUCGAAGACUACCGCAUCAAAUACAGAUAUGGCAAUCGAUUUGCCUACCUUGGAAAUGGCGAGGUGAAGGCAAAUGUUACAAAGGACUAUAAGGGACUGAGCACCUAUGUUCGUGACAGCGACUACGACUGGGACGUCGAGUAA